AUGUCCGAAGAGGAAGUGGGGGCAGCUGCUCCCACGGCAGGAACCAGCCAUGGAGAUGAUGCAGGUUUUCUGUUCAGUGAUGGAGGUAACCCAGUUGCACAGCUACAGUCACAGGUCCUAGAGCUGGGCAGGAAGCAUGAUGAGAUAAUGUCAAGUAUUGCUAAUCUAGGUAAUGUUCAAACACGGUCUGUUGUUUACAUCCCAAGAGAAAAACAUGUUGUACCUUUCUGUGGUGAGGUUGGAAAAGAUGUGUACACUGUAGAUGAGUUCAUAGAAGAAAUGCAGCGAAUAAUGAGGGUGAGGGGCCUACAGAGAGAGGAACAGGUAGACUUUAUCUUGUCACAUCUAAAGGGUCCAGCACUAGAGGAGGUCAAAUUACGGAUGGGAGGGCAGCCUAAGCAUCCUAGUGACCUAUUUUCAUAUUUGACUGAAGCCUUCAGAGAGAAGCGCACCACACCACAGCUAUUACAUGCUUUCUAUUCUCGCAGACAAGUGGAUGGGGAAGACUUUCGUGAGUAUUCACAUGCCCUCUCUCAGCUGCUAAAUCUAGCUCUCCAACAAUCCCCUAAUGCUGUAGCUGACGCACAACUGGCUUUGAGAGACCAGUUCAUUGAGGGGGUUCGGGACUCAGCCCUGAGACGCGGAUUGCGUAAACUAGUUAGAGAGAAACCCGACUCUAACCUAUUUGAUGUCAGAGAUGAAGCAAUAAUGUGGUCACUUGAAGACAGGCCCCGUAACAUUAAUGUAGCACGAAACCGAAACUUGGUAGGAGACAGCAGAGAUGAGACUUUAGAGAAACCAGACUCAACCAGUAAAAUACAAGCUGAUCUGGCCAUAACUCUGCAGGAAGUUGUUAAAAUGAUUGCACAGCAGGGUAGGGCGAUCACUGAGCUAACUGAUGCAGUUCGGGGGCUCACUGAGCAGAAUAUCAGCUCAGGGAGUGUUAAUCAGGGAGGUAGGCCUAAGGUCCAGCCCAAGUACACAAGUGAUGGUCAGCCUAUAUGUCUGCGUUGUGAGAGUGAACCCUCCAUUGCUGUGAGCCGAGCAAUGCGAGGAAGGUCAGAAGGCUCAGAGAGCAUUUUAACCAAAGAACGUUUUCUGGAAAAGGCUGUUGGCAAGUGUCCUGAAUUAGAUGUUCAGAUAGGGGGUGUCCCCCUUAGGUGUAUACUGGACACAGGAAGUAACGUAAGCACUUUGACUGAGGGUUUCUUCAGAAACCACCUCCAUGGAGGAGACGAGGACAUGCACUGUACUGCUAAAUGGCUCAAACUGACUGCAGCCAAUAAACUGCCGCUCCCCUACUUGGGCUAUGUCGAGCUAGACAUACAAGUUCUUGGGGUAGCUCUCCCUGAGUGUGGUUUCUUGAUAAUCAAAGAUGGGGACAAUGAGGAGCCAGACCCUUCGGUACCUGGCAUAAUUGGAAUGAACAUUGCUAAGAGAUGCCGGCAGCUGAUACACACAGAGUUUGAUGUAGCUCUGGAUGGGAAGUUGGAUCCCAUCUGGAGGGAAGCUUGCCGUAGGGUACAAGAGGCGGAGCUAGUUGGAAAGACAUCCAUGGCCCGGCUUGCUAGUAAGCACAGGGUGCGUGUACCUGCCAUGUCUGUUGCCACACUCCGUGCAAGGGGGCGCAAGGGACAGUCCAGCGGCAACUCCACUAUGCUGCUCGAGCAAGGAGACUCACCACUGCCUUGUGGGUUGAUGGUUGUUCCAACUGCCGUCUCAUCCAACAGAUCUGUGUUUCCGGUUCAGGUUAUUAACCUCUCACAGGAGGAUAUCUGGUUGUCCCCAAAAACCAGGCUAGGCAUUCUCAGCCAGUGCCAUCAUGUGGAAGAUGACCCCUAUGAGGUUAAGUUUCAGCGGAUUUCUGCUGACCUGGAGGAAGUUAGCAUUAGUCCGAGGGACAGUCAAAAAUCAGCCAGUGACAUACAGAGCUUUCUAGAUCGGCUGCACUGUGGCGGCAGCCCAGAGCAGAAAGUAGAGCUUGAGUCGCUCUUGAAGAGAUAUGCAGAUGUGUUUGCUGUGCAUGAUGAGGACCUGGGGUUCACUGAUCGAGUGAAACAUGAGAUCCCGGUGGUUGAGGAGACGCCUGUCUCCCAGCCCUACCGCCGUAUACCACCCAACCAGUACCAGGAAGUUAGGGAGCAUAUUUCAGAGCUACUUAGGAAAGGGGUAAUCCAGGAGAGUUCAAGCUCCUAUGCUUCACCUGUUGUUCUGGUACGCAAGUCGGAUGGUAGUCUAAGACUUUGCGUAGACUACAGGAGGCUAAACGCGAAGACCAGGCGGGAUGCGUUUCCGCUCCCACGCAUCGACGAAAGUCUGGAUGCACUCUGUGGCGCCAGAUUCUUUUCAACGAUUGACCUGGCUAGCGGAUAUCACCAAGUUGCAGUACAUGAGAAAGAUAGGCACAAAACUGCAUUUACCACACCCUUUGGCCUGUAUGAAUAUAAGAGAAUGCCCUUUGGAUUAUGCAAUGCGCCUGCCACAUUUCAGAGGCUCAUGCAGGCAACAAUGAGUGACUUGGUGUUUCAGACUGUACUGAUUUACCUGGAUGACUUGCUGGUGUUCUCAUCAACAUUCCAGGACCACCUGGUGAGGUUAGAGAGGGUCCUGAAAAGGUUGAGGGAGACAGGGUUGAAGGUCAAAAUGGUGAAGUGUCACUUCCUUCAACCUGAGGUCAGGUUCCUUGGUCACUCAGUCUCAGCCCAAGGCAUAGGCCCGGACCCUGACAAGAUAAGUGUUGUAAAACGGUGGCCCAUCCCCAGUACUGUAGGGGAGCUCCGUGCCUUCCUAGGCCUUUGCAGUUACUACAGGAGGUUUAUUGAAGGUUUCUCCAAGAUCGCAGGGCCCCUUCAUGAUGCUGUGAAUGCAUGCAUCAGGGAGACUAGCCAGAUGAGGGCUAACAAGAUGUUCAGGUCAGUCUGGACACAAAUGUGUCAAGAAGCUUUCGAGCUGCUGAGGGACAGACUAACCAGUGCUCCCACACUAGGCUAUGCAGACUUCACCUUACCUUUUAUCCUUGAGACAGAUGCAAGCAGCCUAGGAUUAGGUGCUGUUCUGUACCAGGAACAGGCAGGUGGGAAGAAGGUGAUAGCCUAUGCGAGCCGGAGGCUCAGAGGGGCUGAGAAGAAUGAUCGAAAUUACAGCAGCAUGAAACUCGAGCUGCUAGCACUCAAGUGGGCAGUUACGGAGAAGUUCAGGAGCUACCUGUUGGGGUCCAAAUUUACUGUCAUCACAGACAACAACCCCCUGUGUCAUCUCUCCACUGCCAAUUUGGGGGCUAUCCAGCAGCGAUGGGUCGCUCAGCUAGCUGUGUUUGACUUUGAUGUGAAAUACCGGCCUGGACGGUGCAAUACAGCAGCUGAUGCCCUCUCCCGGCAUCCGCCAGCUGAUGAGCCCGAGCCAGAUAGUGAAGAUGCAGAAUUUGAUCACUGUGUAGCCAUAUGCAGCUCACUCAAGACAGGGACAUCUUUGGAUAUGAGUUUGGUAGCAGCAGGGAUUGAACAGGGUAACAUCAGGCAGUUGCAGGCAUCUGAAGUAAUUCCAGAUAACAUACCUGUGUUGCCUGGGUACUCUAAAGCAGAACUACAGUGUUUUCAAACAUCUGACCCAGUGUUGGGGGUGCUGAGAAAGGUCUGGGGCCGCCAAAGAAAACCUACUUACCACGAGAGAGCAGGCUUAUCCAAACCAGUACGCUCCUUGUUGAAACAGUGGUCCCGACUGAGAGAAAGAGAUGGGCUUUUGUACAGAGUGAUUGAGGAUACUCACCUUGGAGAAUGCUAUCAGCUGUUGCUACCUGCAUGCCUCAAAGAGCAAGUCCUCAAGAGUGUGCAUGACCAGAUGGGACAUCAGGGCAUUGAACGAACUUUAGGACUGUUGAGACAGAGGUGUUUCUGGAGUGGUAUGCAUGAGGAUGUUGAACAGUGGGUUAAAGAGUGCCAGAGAUGUGUCCUAACAAAGAUGCCGCACCCAAGAAUCCAGGCUCCAUAUACCCCUUUUUUAGCUACUCGACCACUUGAAGUGGUGGCUGUGGACUACACAGUGCUGGAGCGAGCCACAGAUGGUCGUGAGAAUGUGCUGGUGAUCACAGACGUGUUCACAAAGUUCAGUCAGGCCAUUGCCACAAGAGAUCAGAAGGCAGAUACGACAGCAAAGGCCCUUCUCAGGGAAUGGUUUUUGAAGUAUGGAGUGCCCGAGCGCCUGCACUCUGAUCAGGGCAGAAAUUUCGAAAGUGCUGUGGUUGCAGAGCUAUGCAAGUUGUAUGGAGUAAAGAAAACCAGGACCACACCCCACCAUCCACAGGGUAACCCCCAGUGUGAGAGGUUCAACAGAACUUUACAUGACCUCCUGCGCACGCUUCCCCCUGAAAAGAAGCGGCGUUGGCCUGAGCAUCUGUCAGAACUUGUGUACGCUUACAAUGUCACACCACAUUCAACCACAGGGUAUUCACCUUACUACCUGCUGUUCGGGGUCCAUCCACACCUCCCGGUUGAUGCCCUGUUGGGCCAAGAGCAAAUGAGGGAUGAUCAGCCUGACUGGUUAAUUACCCACCAAGAGAGGCUGCGGGAUGCGCACGCACGAGCAAGAGAGUGCGCCGAGAGAAAGGCUGCUGGAAGAGUGGUGCAGCAACAGGAGAAAGUGUACUGCCCACCUGUUGGGGUGGGGCAGGAGGUGUACCUCCGACAUAGGCCUCCUGGGAGGAAUAAGAUCCAGGAUGCAUGGGCAAUUCCAGUGUACAAGGUUGUCGAGGUCCAUGGGACUACCUAUACCGUGGAACCUUUGGAGGGAGGCCCGAAGAAGAGGGUCCAUAGGUCCAACCUUCGGCCAUGUGUGGGGCCCGUACCAGUGCAAACCAAGCGUCACUGUUUGGCUGCCCCCACUGUUGAAGGGAUGUUAGUUUCGGAGUCGGAGUCGGAGUCUGACAUGGAGCCAGACUUUGUGUUGAUGGAGGAAGUCAGGUGUUCUCAAGCUGGGCAAGAGGCCAUCGUGGGGCCUGACAACUUGAACCUGCUGGCAGACAGAGCAGGAGGCCAUCAAGUAAUAGAGUGUGAGGAUGUGCCUGAGCAAAGGAGGAGCGAGACACCUAAUAGUGAUGUGGGGGCCAACUCCAUGGACCAUGCCCCACCAUCAGGGCGUUUCAGCUGCCCUGAGGAGAAAGGGGGACCGCAGCCUGUACCCGCUCCGAGAGGAAGGAAGGAGAGGAAGGCCCAGGUGGAGCCACCCGUUCCCCCUCCACGUCGAAGUGAGAGAGAGACUGCAGGGAGACAUAGAAAUAUGUUUCACCUACCCAGAUCAGCAUGUAAUUCUGUGUCCUUUAGCCCAGAUGUGUUCUCUCAGAUACUAGCAGGGGUGGCCCUUUAUACAUCCAACCUUAGAGAAGGGAUGGGGGAGUAGGAAGUCACCGAGGACGUUGACUUUUAGCAGGGGAGAAUGUAGCCAGGUGAAAUUGGAAGCGAUUAAAUAGAGGGUUAAACAGCCCCACCUGGUGGAGCAUUGUUGUCAUUCUCACUGAAGCUGGUUAGUCUCGCGAGAAUGCGGAAAUCCCGCGAGAUUUCAGAUCGAGGCUAGAGGCCAGACUAAUGUCCCGUACGCCAUCAGAUCGCCGCAAAGCUGCUUGAGAAACCGAUUGUUUGCCGCAUGGUGUGGAAAAGCCAGAGCAGUGGAGCAGCAGGGGAGAAAUCCAGUGAUAGGCUGAGGUGGUGUGUUAUAGCACAGGCUGACCACUGGAGUCAGAGUAAGUCACCGACUAUUCCCUGGUGUUAUGAUGUGAAGUGUUAUGUACUGUUUUGCUGUAAAACACUGUUUAGAUUAACUUUAUUGAGGGUAUAGAGUUUAGUCGUGUUGUAAUAUUGUGAAUGUGUUUGAUUGUUUUAUUCCUUUUCUUCUUGUCUUUGUUUUCUUUAUCAGAAAAGUGAGGCCACUGCUGUUGUCUGUAUAGGGAAUCUGAUUUGUACACAGUAGGAAAGCUUAG